GGUGUCGGCCAUUUCUCGCAGUUCUCCUGCUCAGUCUUCCUUUCCGCUGAGCUCUGAGCUCGAUUGACCAGUCAUGCGAACUCAGUCACUCUUGGUGGUCAUCCUCAUGGCAGCGGCGACCACCCUCCUCGCUCACUCGCUCCCGUCCGCACUCGCCAUGGACGCAGUGGACCCUUCUUCUUCUUCUGUUGCUGCUGCUCCUCUGACUGCGCCAAGCCGACGCACGCCGGUCAUCAUCGACACUGACAUUGGCACAGAUAUGGACGAUACGUGGGCCAUUGCAGUCGCACUCGCGUCGCCAGUCAUCGACGUCCGCCUCGUACUCGUCGCGACCCACAACACGCCCGUUCGCGCUCAGAUUGCAGCGCAGUUCCUCACUCGCAUCAACCGCACUGACAUUCCCAUUGGCAUUGGAACGCAGUACGACAACAUGACGGUCGAGCUGCAAGGCUGGGCUGCAAACUACAGCCUUGACUCGUACCCUGGCAAGAUUUACUACGACGGUGUUCAAGCAAUGAACGACAUCAUCCUCGCCGCUGAAGUCGAAAACCCCGUGGUCAUGCUCUUGCUUGCGCCCUGCAACAACAUGGCCGAGGCCGAGCGACGCUUCCCUGCCGCGCUCCAGCGUGUGUCUCGCGCGUUUGCUAUGAGUGGCAGCAUCUACCGCGGAUACAACGACUCCUUGGUCCCAACCAACGAAUACAAUGUUCGAGAUGACCCGGCGUCGUCCCAGCUCGUGUACAGCUUUGCCAGCAUCAACCAUUCCGCCAGUCUGCCCAUCUGGUCGCUCUUCACUGCGCCGCUCGACACCUCCGGCCUGUACCAACUGGAUGGCAUCUUCUAUCAGCAACUUCUCAGCGCAGCCAACGGGUCUCGUCUCAUCUCCACCGUCCUGGAAAUGUACAAGAUCUGGCUUCCGCUCUGUCCGUGGGCCAACACCGAGGGGCCCAAGCCAUGUGACCCGGCUGUUCGCUCGUCGGUCUUGUACGAUGUGAUUGCCACGGUCAUGCUCAUCUCGGCCACACCCGAACGCUAUAUGGAGUACGACCAAGUCACGCUGCAAGUCACCGACACUGGCUUCACCACCCCAACACCGAACGGUCCCGACCGGAUUACGGCUGCCCUCAAGUGGCUCGAUAUGGAUGCAUUGUCUGCAGCUCUUGCUCAGUGCAUCAUCAGUGGGUGUCAAUUGAUGUAGUAGAAUACAGUACAGUCGGUUCGUUUGGUUGUCAGUGUUUUGUCCUGCC